AUGUCUUUCUCUCGCAGUUCAAAGGAAGAUUUGCGGAACGACGUAGCUCUAGACGAAGUAAACAGGCACAUUACUGAUGCGUUCAGUAUUUUGAGGCGCGAGAUAAGCAAAGUUCGCAAAGAAAAGGAAGCCUUUGAGGAGGUCGCAAAGAAGCUGGAACACGUUCAUUUCUCGACGAUGCUGAAGCUCAAUGUGGGUGGUCAUCUCUUUUCGACCAGUUUGGAAACCAUGAAUAAAGAUCCAGGUUCUAUGUUACACGCCAUGUUUUCAGGAAGAUUUGACACAAAACCCGGCGAGGAUGGAACCUACUUCAUUGAUCGAGAUGGAACCCACUUCCGGUAUAUCCUGAAUUAUCUACGCACCGGAAAACUCGUGUUACCAGACGAUGCAGUCGUUCGCAAGGAGUUACUGAGCGAGGCAGAAUUCUAUCAAAUCGAAGGGAUACUCAGCGAGCUGAAAGCACAACCUUUUCAGGAUUCUGUGAUCCUUUCCUUGGAGCAACGCCAAAUCUUGAUUGACUGGUUGAGGGAAACGCUUGGGAGCGCAAGUGACGACUACGUUUUGUUAUACCGCGCCACCCGGAAUGGCUGGGCUGCUUCCAAUUUUCACUACUGUUGCGACCGAAAGGGGCCAACAGUAACAGUGAUAAAGAGUGGAAAUUACAUCUUUGGAGGAUACACUGAGGAACAGUGGUACCAACCCGCAAGCGGAGCCAGUUACAAAAAAGCUCCUAAAUCUUUCCUGUUCAGCCUUGUCAACCCAAAUGGUUUACCACCUUCAAAGCUACCACUGAUAACUGGAAAAGAGGGGAAUGCAAUCCACUGUAACAAUGGAAAUGGGCCUACGUUUGGAAGUGGCCACGACCUUCGUAUUGUCAACGCGCCAAAUUCCAACAACUGCUCUGUCAGCCUGAAUAGCUCGUACCAGUGUCCUACUGGGCAGAAUGCUGCCACCUUUCUGCAGGGGAACCAGAAUUUUACCAUCGGUGAGAUGGAAGUUUUUGGAUUUCAGAAGUAAGAGGUGUUUUUGAGCUUUGUAGCUGCACUG